CCCACCAUGUCUCUUCCUCUCACCCAAAUUCACAAUCUUACUCUCUUUACACCCUAUUUAAUACCCACAAAAUGACUUCAGUAACUCAAGACACCCCGGUGGGCCGCCGUCUCCGCCAUAUCAAACAUAUCAUCAUCGUCUGCUCAGGAAAAGGCGGAGUAGGCAAGUCCUCCGUCUCUGCCCAACUCGCACUUUCGCUCUACGGAUCUUCACCGACCACACGCGUCGGUAUUCUCGAUGUAGACCUCACAGGACCGUCUAUACCACGUAUGUUAGGGUUAGAUGGACAUCCUGUACAUCAGAGUAGCGACGGCUGGGUACCUGUAUAUGCUGAUGGAAGCGAAGCGAGGUUGGCAUGUAUGAGUGUAGGAUUCUUGUUGAAGAAGAAGGAGGAUUCGGUUGUUUGGAGGGGUCCGAAGAAGAAUGCUAUGAUCAGGCAGUUUUUAGGAGACGUUAGGUGGGGAGAGUUGGAUUAUUUGGUGAUCGACACUCCUCCAGGGACCUCUGACGAACAUUUGUCUCUCAUGGAGCAUAUGGCCCCUGUUCAUGACAAAUUAUCUGCCGUUGUGGUUACCACACCGCAAGCUGUUGCCCUCCUCGACGCGAUGAAAUGCCUGUCCUUUACACGUGCAGUAAACCUCCCUGUCUUAGGGCUCAUAGAGAACAUGAGCGGAUACGUCUGCCCUUGUUGCGGCGAAAUCAGCAACGUAUUUUCCACAGGUGGCGGAGAAGAGAUGGCCAGGCGGGAAGGACUCAAAUUCCUAGGUAGCUUACCAGUUGAUACCGAGCUUGUCACUUUGCUGGACGCUGCUGAGGUUGAGGAAUCUCAACCAUCGGAGGGGGAAAUCGUACAAAGAUCGUUUGGGAUCCUACGUCGCUAUGAGAAGACUUCGACAGCCCCUUUGUUUGCAAAGAUCGUCGAGGAAAUCGUACGGUCACUACAGAAUCCUUUGACGAAUGGUGCUACAUCGGGUUCAUAGCAGAACGUCCGAGUAUGUUUCCGCUGUCGUAGUCCUUUUGUAUUGGUCUCACCUUGAUACAGCUAGACUCACGGUAUAGAUUUAUCAAUAGCAGCUUGGCAAUCGUUUGUACUUGUCUUGAAAGUACGUGAUUCGUCUUGCCAUGAAUAUGCUGCUUGACUCAAUAUAGGUCUCAUCCGCAGUCCAAAUGUCUGUGCAUCAAUAUACUCUGUACAUAUCUGCUUCAUAUAUGCACACCAGCAGACGAAGAACGGAAACAGGUGCCGGAUUGACGAAGCUGUGCUUUGACUUGCUUGCAGGCUACGGACGAUCACACCCUCCAAGAACUUGGCAAUAACCUCUUGGACUGCCUUGAAUGUUUUAUCAUUUGCCUUUCAUGCUCUUUGUCGCGCGGCUGAUACUGUCCCUCUUAUUGAGCGUAUGAUCCGUAGGUCUUUUUGAUUGCGCACCGACAGUAAGUACGUGUGGGUCCCGACGAAGGACCCGAGGAUAUCAUUUGUUCUUCCGAAUAACCUGUAGCUUCUGAACUCGGCCGCAUUAUCCGAGACACUGCAGGCUAUGAAUACUGCUUCAACUUCCCUGCCUCGAAUAACAGAGUCUUGAUUUGGUGGCGUGAUGCUUGCUUGGAAAUAUCAGAGGAUGCGAUGCUUGGUUUGGACGCUGCAGUCUUUUAGCGGGGUUGCUGAUUACCAUGUGAACGAUUUGGCCAGCCAUGCGUUUAUCUCGGGUUGUCGACGGGGGGCAGGUUUAUGUACAUUUCUGCCAUGCAUUCUGCUCGUGCAAGGGGCGCGCGGUGGUUGUGCGCACCCUGU